AUGCCCGAAGCAAAGUCAUAGUAUUCGCAUCCAUCUUCUAAACCCUUUCCAAAGUCCUUUCUCCUCCCCUCCAGCGGAUCACUCGCCGCCGGUGGUAUCUCACUGACCACCCUCUCCACCCCUUCUCGAAUCGAACUCUUCGUUCAUCCCAAUUCACCGAUCCGUUGUGCAGCAGGCCGCCGCCGACGCCGUGAUGCUGUCCCUGUCGAGGGCGCUGGGAAGGCGGCUCUUCUCCUCUGCCGUCACCGCAUCCGAGUCUGCGGCCGCCGCGUCGACGUCGGCGGUGAGGAAGGCGCAGAACCCUCUCGAGGAGUUCUUCGAGGUCGAGCGGAGCACCGAGGAGGACAAACCACCUCCUCACUACGGUCGUAGUUGGAAGGCUUCUGAAUUACGUCUGAAAUCUUGGGAUGACCUUCAGAAGUUGUGGUACGUUCUUCUAAAGGAGAAGAACAUGCUUAUGACUCAGCGCCAGAUGCUAAACGCUGAGAACUUGCGUUUUCCAAAUCCAGAGCGUGUUUCCAAGGUGAAGAAAUCAAUGUGUCGGAUAAAGCAUGUAUUGACUGAGAGGGCCAUAGCAGAUCCUGAUCCACGGAGGUCUGCGGAAAUGAAGCGGAUGAUCAGCGCCCUUUGAUUACUUACAUGCUUUCCUGUGGGACAAAGGUUGCAAGAUGAGUAGCGCUUAGAAAGAUUUGCUUCAUUCUGUUGUAUGUUUAUCCCAGAAGACGUGUAAGACCAAUCUCUUUGAUUACUUACAACCUUAUUGACAUUAACAUGUCAGAUCCAAUAAUUUUGACCCUUAAGCUGUUUACAAUGUGAUAUGCAUGGCAUAUUUGAGCCAUGCUCCAAAGGAAUCUUCAUUU